AUGACUGAAAAUAACAUAACAUACAUGAUGUAUGGCGGAACACUGAUUGGCUCCUACAGACAUCACGGUCUUAUACCCUGGGAUGACGACGUCGACUUUCUUGUUCCACUUGCAGCAAACCAUUCUGUUCAACAAGCAUUCUCACGGAUAAGCCACGAAUACACCAUCAACAAGGACUUAAAAUAUUACUGGAAACUGUACUCAGUCCACGCUGACCCUAUCAGCGGCUGCAGCUGGCGCUGGCCGUUCCUGGAUAUCUUCUUUUUCGAUGAGAACCAAACUCACAUCUGGGAUGUAACCCCGUGGUACGCCGAAUGGUUUUGCUAUCCGAAGACGAUAAUAUUUCCGUUGAGGAGAAGACCUUUCAUGAAUCUAACACUGCUGGCUUCUCACAACACUCGUGCUGUGAUAAAUUCAUACUACAAUAUUGACCUAUGUAGAUCUGGAAAGUGGCUUCACAGUGUGGAGGAGCCUGUUAAUGAAGACAAAGUUCCAUGUUCCCUGUUAUUUUCUAAAUUUGCUUUCGUGCAAAGGGCUUACAUGAAUGGAGGUUGCAAUGAAACAUUAGUUAAAAAUGGGGAAAUAGUCAGCUACUUCUUUGAUGAAGGACAGAAUUGUUAA